CCUCCCGCGGCGUGCGCGGCCUCGGCGCUACGCGAGCGCGGGGAUCCGCCGCGGCCUGUGGGCCGCCAUGGCCGGGGAGGUGAAAACCAAGCUGUCCAAGAACCUGCUGCGCAUGAAGUUCAUGCAAAGGGGUUUGGAUUCACAAACUAAAAAACAACUAGAAGAGGAAGAAAAGAAGAUAAUUAGUGAAGAACACUGGUAUCUUGAUGUACCAGAUCUAAAGGAAAAAGAGAGCUGUAUAAUAGAAGAGAGAAGCUUUCUGCGAUGUGAGGAUCUCGUUUAUGGCAGAAUGUCCUUCAAAGGAUUCAAUCCAGAAAUUGAGAAGUUAAUGAUCCAAAUGAACUCGAAGUGCAAGGAAGAAGAAAUUGAAGAGGAUGAUAAAAUGGAGGCUGAUGUGUCAGAUGAAGAGAUGGCCAGAAGAUACGAAACAUUAGUGGGAACAAUAGGGAAGAAAUUUUUGAGAAAAAGGGACCAACGUGUACUCAAGGAUGAUGAUGAAGAUGAUGAAGUUGAAGAGGGGAAUAGUAGCACAAGACCUAGUAAAAGAGCUAAGAAAAUGUUCUUAAAACCUCAGGAUUAAUGUCAACUGCACAAGUGGAGCUUGUUACCUAAUGCCUACCAAACAAGAACUGGAGAUUGUUUGGAGAUUUUGCUAUUUAAUGUAAAGGGUGGAUUUGUAAAUCUGUUCUAUUCUCAUUGAAAUUUCUACCAUCCACAGGACAGACACUUUCCAAAGUGGGUGUUUAUAUAAUGGAUGUUGUACAUCCUUUCUCUCUCAGCAGCUUUUCAUGAGUGGGGCACUGAUCCCGUCAGUCUCUUUAAAUGUUCUGCAUAGUUAAAUUGAGUGUUGCAUGCAAUCAAAAGCAACAUUAUUUACAAUUUAGGAUAACAUCUGAAAGGAGUAUUUGGAGUAAAGAUGAGCUGUGUCCAAUUCAGUAAGGCAGUUCAGCUUUCGCUGCUUGCUUUAUUAUGAAAAUGAGACCUGUGCUCUCUUCAAAUUAAAAAAAAUCAGCAGAAAUGUGCUUGGUUUGUGGGCUUUUUUACUGUGCGAAAAAUAAGAUGGGAGAAGAACAGAGAGAUAAAAUCCACUUUAUUGAACUUUAUUUUUUAUAAAGUUUAUUUAAAAAUAGA